CGUUAGAUGCUCAGGAUUGUUUUCAUCGGGACGCUCACAACAAGGUUAAAUAUCAAACACAUUUAAUGACAGCAACCCAAAGAUUCGGGGGUUUAUCAGGGGGGACCCGGAGCAUUAAUGUCCGCACGCUCUGUUAUUUUACAUUUAAACAACAGUUUCAAAUCUGUAUUGAGGCGAAUGUUGACGGUGUGUUGUUGUGGUUCGCGCUGUAUUGCUGAAUUUUUUGAAAGAGAGGCUCGCAGCCUCUGUGCGUGAAAUACAGAUGCAUGAAUCAUUUGCGAGUUUUUUGGGAAUCCGAUGCUGAUCGUUGAAUCAACACAAUAGCGUUAGCUGGCCCGGACAAAAUGAGCAGAAAACAGCAUCAUUUUAAAGGUGCAGAGGUCAGCUGCUGUGUGAAAUACUUCUUAUUCGGAUUCAACAUCAUCUUUUGGUUGCUGGGUGCCGCAUUCCUCGCAAUUGGACUUUGGGCAUGGGCAGAAAAGGGAGUGCUGUCAAACAUUUCCUCCAUCACAGAUCUGGGCGGUUUCGACCCUGUAUGGCUCUUCAUCGUGGUAGGGGGGGUGAUGUUCAUCCUCGGAUUUGCCGGAUGCAUCGGCGCGCUCCGGGAAAACACGCUCCUGCUCAAAUUUUUCUCAGUGUUUCUGGGGCUCAUCUUUUUCCUAGAGCUCACGGCUGGCAUUUUAGCAUUUGUGUUUAAAGACUGGAUCAAAGACCAGCUGAACUUCUUCAUCAACAACAAUGUUAAAGCCUAUAGGGAUGACAUUGAUCUACAGAACCUCAUUGACUUCGCCCAAGAAUACUGGUCGUGCUGUGGUGCACAUGGGCCGAACGACUGGAACAUGAACAUCUAUUUCAACUGCACCGACUUAAACCCCAGCCGGGAGAAAUGUGGCGUUCCUUUCUCCUGUUGCGUCAAAGACCCUGCGGAGGAUGUCCUGAAUACACAGUGCGGCUAUGAUGUCCGGCUUCAAGGGGAGCUUGACCAGCAGAGGUACAUUUAUACCAAGGGCUGCGUGGGGCAGUUCGAAAAGUGGCUUCAGGACAAUCUGAUCAUUGUGGCUGGGAUUUUCGUGGGUGUCGCGUUGUUACAGAUUUUUGGGAUAUGUCUGGCUCAGAACCUUGUGAGUGACAUCAGAGCGGUGAAAGCUAACUGGUGACCCGUUGCAGGGGACUAGAGGAGACUUCUUGAGGUCAUGGCAGAGAGCUAAAUGCAAAGGAGCACUGUUUACAUGCCACAGAGACGGGACGAUUCUGCCAUUUCUAACCCUGUGGACGUUUAAUGUAAGCUGACUGUACAAAAUGGACUCUCCAUCUAUAAUUAUUUUCUCUUUGUGGUUUCUUUCAUGAAAACAAGCUCUUACAGACGCUUCCCGGGAGGAGUCGAGAUGACAUGCUCUGAUCAAGCUGUGAUCUCAAAACGCUGGUUCACCAUCUCUUUUAAUAUUAAGCGGAUUAUGUUUUCAUCGACCUGUGGAUGACUUGCAUAUGGAGAACAAUCUAAAACAACCACUGAGACUUCAAACAGAGGAGCCAUGAGCUAAACAAAGCCUUACUGCAGCGUGGCUGGGUUCAGCUUUUUAAACGGCCUUCUGUCCGUCGGUCGUACCAGAUGAUGGGCAGUCGGACUCUUACCUCUGACUGGCCCUCUGUUGGGCAGGGGCAGCCAAUCAGAAUGAUGUACUUGAUAAUUACACGUUAUGCUUUUGUUUUCUACCACUACUGUUGGGGAGGUGCAGAUUACUUUCUCUGUACAGCAGUGCUUUGGUCGCUUCCCCUCAUUCCUUUCGAUUGGUUGUAGCAGAUUUAUCGCUGUCCCAGACUUGCUGUAGAAUCUUUAUUUUCACUUUGCUAGAUUAUAUUGAAACGCUAUAGUGACACAAAACAAUGUAUUAUUAUGAAUAUGAUGCUGCUUUAAUUCAUAGAAGAUAUACAUCGCUAUACUAACCAACCAAACUUUCUAUGGAAACCAUUAGAGAUGUACAUUUUGUUUUGAGAAAUACACGCACAAACACACAGAUUGCAUUGCAGAAUGAGUCUGACGCGAAACCACACGAAAUGGACAGAUUGAAUCAGCCGCGCAUAUGAUCGCUCGCCUCAAGGCCUAUAGAGGUGAUAGAAAAAGCUUAUGGCAGUCACACAGCACAUGGUCACCCAACUGGCCUUUGGAAAUAUUUUAUUCUUCACUCACUCACUCUGUCUAUCUCUCUGCAUGCUAUCAGCCAUUAAAAAUGCAUGUAAUGCAGACCUCCUUAUACAAACGCACACACACAUGCCCAUAUGUGUGAAUGCCAUACCAGUUAGUUUUGACCUUGCUGUGUUAAUCGUCUACGUUCAGAAAGUCUAUAUUGAGCCAUGACCUUACAAAUAAUGUAGAAAUAUUGAUGAUGCACUACAGAUGUUUUGUAUUUAGAGAGUGCAGUAUCUUGAUCUGAUCUGAUACAGAACUGAUUGAAAAGCUCAGUUAUAAUCUGUGAUAUUGUGAAAAGUUAAAUGUGAUUUCUCUUCUGUUUCGGGGAGAGCUGGGUGGGGCGGGUGGGGCCUGCUGACACUUCCUGCCUGUGUAUAUAAGAAACAAAUCUAUUAUGCAGCGAACACACAUUACAUUCCGAGGAUGAUGCUUAUUUUCUGUUUGUUUCCCCAAAUCAUUCUUUGUUGGGCACAUUGUUUAACCCAAAAUUUAUGAAAAAUAUGAAUUUUCCUCAAAGAACAUGAAGAAACAUGAAUUUGAGAAUAGUAAAAUUAAUUAAAUAAAAAAUAUUUGAUAUUUGUUAAAUAUGAACUUAAGAGCAAUGUAUGAGAAGCUUUGCUAUAUUAAAAAUAUAAUCAUGGUUUAAGGGCAUUUUAGGUCACAACACAAAGUAAAAUUAUGAAAUUUCUGUUAGAGGUUGUAGUCCCUGACAAGUUAACAGAUAAUUGCAACUACAUAUAAUGGCUCAGAGAAGAGAUUGUAGUUGUUUGUGUUUUAUAAUAUGACUAUUCAUUUUGACCAAGUUAGAUUUUGAUGCAUCAGAGUAGAUUUGGUUGAAAUGAAAAUGGUAUUUUUUUUGUGGUAAUACAACAAGAGUCACCAUUGAGAACAUAAUGCCAGAAAAAUUAUUCAACAGAAAUGUCCUUAAAUGGCUUCCAUUUCGCUAUGCACACUUAUUUGGAUUUUUGAAUUGUCACCUGGGACCUGGUUUUGUGAGGUUCGGUUUUCAAACAAAGGGAAACAUUAAGUAUGUUCCCUUUGCCAGACCUCCUCUAUACCAUGAAUGUAAAGAUCAUCUUUCAACUCUAUAUAAUCAUAUGAUUUACCCUUCUAAGUGCAAUGGACACACUGAUAUGAAUUCCAUUAAUGUUUGUCGGACAGAAGGCACACAGCUGAAAAAAACCUAGUUCUAUGUUCGUGUAGUGAAAUAGACAUUCCUUGUGCAUGCAUUGGCAUUUAUUAUGAACUGCAUUGUGCAGUUUUUGUGUGCUGGUUCAUCAAAACAGCUUUGACGAUGGAUGGUGAUAAAGCUAGUCAGCCUUUUAUGCUGACCGUUUUCUGCACCAGACGGUCGUUUUUACAUUAGAAUCUUUCAGAUGUUUCACUUCAAGCACAGAUAUAUCAGAGAUAAAGCAGUCUACAUUUAACAGUUGUACAGAACUUUCAGAGGUUAAUUCUGUGUGGAUGGUGAACGUUUUGUUAUUGGUCAAUGCACAUCAGAAUUUUUUUUUCAAGAUUACAAAAUGUAGUCUUAAUCUUGAACCGAGCAUUAUGCUUGACAUGACACUUGUCACUUUUACGCGCUUGGAAAUAUGAAUUGCGAAAUCCUUUAAGAUGUUCUUUUGUUUUGUUUACAUUCCCUUACUAGUUAUCAAAGUGUCUUCACAGAAAUCUUUGGAUUCUACCUCAUCUUGGAGAAAUGAUUUAAAUGGGGAUUAUUAUGGGAGUCAUAACUCCGUUGCAGCAGUUGUGAACAUUAACAGUGAUGUAAACCACACUAAGUAUCUUGAAUACAGAGCCGAUCUUCUCAGUUUAAUUUUUAGUUGCUGCCUUCAGUAUGUUGUACAGAAGAAAUAGUCACAGAAUGCAACAAAAAUAAAGUGACUCUUUCUAAGGCUACAGUGUGUUGUUAUAAUGGAUUGUUUGUUAAAGCUAUUGUAGUCCUAUGAUGGACGGCACUAUUCCCUGACUCUGGUCUUUGCAAACAAGCAGUUUAAAGCUGUUAUCAGAUGUCCCGUCAAGUUGAGGAUUUGUUUAUCGACUUGGCAUUUAUUAUCCAUCAACAUUACAUUAAGAUAACCCAACAUACCCUCUUAAACUGGAUAAUGAAUAUGGCACUUGCAAACCAAAAGCAUUUAUUUUGCUCUUCAUAACAUGAUUGUACUAACCUGACUGAAAUAAUGAGGGAUGUUCUCUCUAUAAACCGGUCGGCAUAAGAUCACACCUUGUGUUUGGAAACGACCAUUGUUUUCUGUAGUCUAUUUCAUUUAAAUGUUGGGGUUUUGGGGAGCGUACACAAAUUGACUUUUCUUGUGGGAGAUGGUCUGUUACACUGUAAACUACGUUACAUGAUAUUUCAAGCUUUUCUUUUUCAUAAUAAAAUUGAAUUACGACCUGC